AUGACUCGCAGUCGCACUCGCUUGACCUCGAAGUCGAGACCUAAGGCGCCUCUCCAAUUAGAAAAGACCGUGACGAUCGCGAAUCGCGUCCUCCCAGUGUCUCCCGUGUUGAACACGCUCUUCCUGUUCAUGGCUGAGCGCCAUGCAAUUCACCAACGCCGUCUCGCAGGCGAGCCAUACCCGUGGACUGAAGAUCCUAUCUUGCUCAAAUACCCCUUCACGAAUGUCUUCCGUAUAUUUGACCGCAUGACGCAGUAUAUUCUGCAGAAUGUGGUCAACAAGGGCGACAAUACCUUAAUGGAGUCGGUCUUUCGGGUGACACUCUUCCGCCUCUUUGCGAGGACGUCCACGUGGGAGCUGCUGCAAGAUCGCCUGGGCGAGUUGACAUGGCGCGACUUCGAUAUCGACGUUUAUACGGAUAUCCUUCGCGACGCGAACGAGGGUGGUGUCAGCCUGUACGGCUGCGCGUACCUCAUGCCAGCACCUAAACUCGGCGGCGACAGAAAUUAUAUAAAUCACCUCCGCCUACUGCAAAUCAUGAUGCAGGUAGAUUUGCCCGGACAGCUCAAGAAAUGCGCCUACCUCAAGGACGCGUACGGGCGCAUUUCCCUUUUCCCCAGCCUGGGGAAUUUUCUUGGGUACCAACUCCUCCUCGACAUUAACAUGAUCCCCCAGCUGUCCUUCCCCGAGAAUUGGGCCACGUGUGGUCCUGGGGCACAGGACUGCCUCAAAAAAAUAUUCGGCCCCGGCGUGCAGGGCAUCGAAGGGCGGGCCCUCGAAUAUCUGCACUAUACCCAAGACAUCCACUUCGCACGCGUCGGCAUCCCGAGCUCGCGCCGCCCGCGCAUCGCGCCAGACGCGCUCCCCGGCGUGUCCGUCGUCGACCUUGAGCACUCGUUGUGUGAGUGCGAGAAGUACUCGCGCGCGAUGCACCCUGAGAUCAAAGGCAAACGGACGAACGUCUCCCGCCAUCGAGCGGGCGGGGGCUGGGAGCCCAGCCGCGAGCCGCUCACGGCUGAGCUUCCCCGCCGCUGGCUGUCCUCCGCCAUGCGGGCUAAGCCCGUCAAGCCCCUCCCACCCGUAGAUCCUACCGAACCCGAACCGUCCUAUCACGUCUCCCACAUUGUGGGCACUCUGUACCAAGUUCGUUGGCUCGGAUACGGACCAGAGGAGGACAUGUGGCUCGAAGAAAAGGAGCUGUGUAAUGCACUGGAAGUAUUGAAGGAAUGGUCUGACUUCAAGGCUGUCAUCGCUGCCAAAGUCUCUGCUUUUCAGGCUACUGAAACUCGAGGGAGGCUAUGA